AUGGUCCGUCACAACGGAAAUCGUCGGCAUAUCUCGCCGGAAGUCAAGCGACAAAUGGUACACAUGCUGGCAUACUUGUCUCCUCGGAAAGUGGCUCGCUAUCACGGUGUAGGGGUCAGAACUGUCCAACGUGUAUACGCUCUAUGGGCUUCCACUGGUCAUGUUGUUCGUCGGCGGAUGCAAGACGGACGGCCUCGAGUCCUGAGUGGGAUUGAUGCAGCAUACCUCGAAAGCUGUGUCGCGCGGACGCCUGAUAUCUACCUUGACGAACUACAAGAGAUGCUACUGGAGGGCCGUCACAAGGAAGUCUCACUAUCUACCAUCUCCCGGACACUGUACCGCAGAGGCUGGAGACGCAAGCAAGUGCGAGAACCAACAUUUCUACAAUGUUCUGACUAA